AUAUUAUAACUUUCUGUUGUUUGCUAACAGUCUUCCGGUGAACAUAAUAACAAGUUCCAUUUCCGAUAACGGAAAAAAAUUGCUGUAAAGUAAGUUUUUCUCAAUUUAUUCAUAACCGUAAAACCAUAUUCAGCACAAUUGUACACUUUAUAUCGUCUACUCUAUGUAUUUUUAAAUGGUAACUCGAAUAAAAUUAAACAAAAAAAUACACCUGUUAGAAUUUUUUAAGUAUAUGCUGCCAUCUAUUGCUAUGAAUUAAAAUUAAUAAGGUAUAAAUUUAUUAUCCUUAGGCUACUGACCUGAUUUAUUUCUCUCUUAUAUAAAACAGUCUAAAGUAUAUAAUUCGAGUUAAUGUGUAUAUUAAAAUAUCAGUUUGUAAUAAAUUAAAGAUUGUUACAUUAACUGCAGAGUUGAUGGAGAACAAGUGAUUAUUUAUUUUUAGCUUUUAAAAUCUUUGAUAAAAUCUUUGGCUCUACAGCGAUAUUAAAUAAUAAUUAUACAGUAGAAUAAAUUUCUAAAAGAGAAGAAAUGUUUAGCAUAAAUAGAUCAAUUGUAAAAUUAAUUCAGUGUUUAUUAGCAAUAUUACAAAUGUCGGCUAGUUACUAAGAAAUAAUGAAUAUUGAAACAUCUUUUAUAAAUUAUGGCUUUUUCGUAAUUGAAAAAGAAAUAUAUAAAAAACAGUCAUUAUUUUUGACUUUCUCUAAAUUAUAUCUCAAUUAUUGAUAUUUAAAUUAUCAAAAAAUCUAUUUAAACAAUUAAUUAAAGCUCCUAUUGUCAGAAUGAUAUGAAUUUUGCUGCACUCUUUCAAUCUUUUAUAAUUGUAGUAUGGCUGGAAACAGUCUGCACAGAAGUAAUAUCUCUAUAUCGCUCUAUUGUAAUCUUAAUCAUUUUCUCUUCUACCCUCCCGUCCUCCCCCCUCCCCCCUCCUCUCCCUUUCUGUCACUCUCUGUCUAUCUCUGCCUUUUCUUUACUCAUAAUUUUUUUCUUUUUUGGUAGUAAAAUCCCUUUUGUACAUUCUUCGAAACACAUACUAGUUUAAAUUUAAAUAGGUGGCGCUAACAUUACUUGUUUGAUUAAUGGCUAUUACAAAGCGAAGAAUAUUGGUCAAGAGCAGAUCUCUAAUUUCCCGAGCAUAGAAAGAACUACUAGUAUAUUAAGAAAAGGAUAGCAUGGAAGAAGCCCCACCUCCAUACAAAAACCCUGAAGGUUAUAGCCAACCGAAUAAUCCAGGAUACCCUCCACCUCAACAGAGCUAUCCACCUCAACAGGGAUAUCCACCUCAACAGGGAUAUCCGCCCCAACAGGGAUAUCCACCUCAGCAAGGCUAUCCACCCCAGCAAGGCUAUCCACCUCCAAACUAUCCUCAGACUCAGCAAAGUUCGCAAAAUACGACUACAACAACUACUGUAAUUAGUGCUCAACCUAUGCAAACGGUCGUUGUUGGUGGCGGUUGUCCUAGGUGUUUGAAUGGAGUUAUGAGACAACAAUUUACAGUAUGUGGAAUAAUUUUGGCGAUAUUAUUCUUUCCAUUAGGAUUACUUUGCUGUUUCUUAAUGCAAGAACGAAAAUGCUCGAAUUGCGGUUUUUAAACCGGAAGACGAAUAACAAAAUUUUUAAGAACUUAUGUAUACAUUUAAAGGCACAAAAAGAAAUAUUAAAUAUUAUGCUAUGAAAGACGAAAGGGAGAUAUUAAUACAUAAAAAACAUUAUUUAUACAUACAUAAAGUAUAUACUAUUUUUUUAAUCUAUAAAACUUUCAUGUUACACAAUUUAUAAAUUUAUUUAUUCAUUGUUAUACUGUUGCUAACAAUGACACUCAAUACAUAACAACACUUGGAUACUUUUAAAAUAUUCUGUCAAAUUUGUGCCUAACCGAAAAUUUUCCCUUAUUCGCAUGAUUAUGAGAAUAAAAAGAUAUUGUUUUUUUUAAUACAAUAAAAUAGAAAACAAGUUCAAUUAAA